CCCCGUCGGAGGGGAUUUCUCGUUUCCUUUUGGCUUGAACCCAUCUUCGGAAGGGAGGCGCGGACGGAGUUUCCCAGCCAGCGGGCUCUUUACGGCGGGUCCCCGCCUCCCCGCCCUCCCCUUAUAGCCGGGCUGUCCCGGGGCCCCGCAGCCGCAGCCGCCCGCCAGCCCGCCCCGGAGCCGCACCAGGGCUAGAAGGAAAAUGAUGAAAAUGUUACCUUUUUUCCAAAGUGGUCCUAUUGGAAUACGCAAUGGAUCAGAGGGUUGCAUUGGUGCAAACAGGCAGCUUGAAACCCCGUCGACAUCAGUAGCUGAUCAAGCCCCUGUCUGUCCUGAACCUUCUGGAGACGAGAUCUGGUCCAGGGACCGGCAAAAGAUGAGUGAAAGGCCAGAGGCAACCUGCAGACCCUCACGUGCAUCUUCCAUCACAAGCAACGGGAGCUGCACCUCUGCUGGGGACAGCCCUGAAAAGGGGAAGAAAGGAAUAAAGGGAAUCCUUACGAAUGCACUUAAGAAAAUGAAAAAGAUCAAGCCACCCAGUGUCAAACAAGUCAUGGAACUCCUUGAAGAGCAAAAGCUUUGUGACGCCACUCAGCAGCUGAUUGUCCUGGAGAAGAGCCUGUCUAGCAAAAGCGAGGAGGGGCUGAGCACCAGUCAGAAAGAUGUCGAGUCUGUCUACGAAAUUCUGAAGCACAAAGUCUUCAGCAUCUUGAAAGACUCCAUACUGCUAGCAAAAACAAACCCAGACCUGCUGCAGCAGGCAGUAGAGGCACUGAAAGAGCAGGAGAAAGAAGAUCAGAACUACAUGUCAGAGAAUCUACCUGACCAAAACAUGCAAUUUAGACCUAGAAAAUGGAAACAGCUUUGGCUGGCUACAAUAAAGGAGUCAGUAGAGACUCGAAUGAAAGACACAAGCCAUACUCCUAGAACUGAGAACCUCUCUACGGUUGGACAGAACCUCCUGCACAUGGGAAAGACAAUGAAAGAAGAUUUGACAGUAAUUGUGAAAUACAUUAAACAGCUUUACCCUCCUGAGUUUAAUGUGUUCAGCACAUAUGCUGAACUCUACCACAAUUAUUUUGCCUCCCAGGCAAAGAAAAAUGCUGAGUCUCACCUAGAAGACAAGGAUAUAUACCUUCUCCUCUCAUGGUUGCACAACAUUUAUCCAAAAGAUAUGAGAAAAGAUCAUGUUUUAGCCGAGGAGUUGGAAAAAGUUAAGCUUGGAAGCCUUUUGCCAUCAAGUCUGAGCAAUGAACUUGAAAAGAAAUACCUUGACACUGAAGAGGCUGCUAUCAAGAAUUCGUUGAGCAAAUGUUUAGAUAAAGAAAUACAAAGAUGGAAAGAAGACAAAGAACCGGAGAAACUAAAUGGGCAUUUCCAGAGUGAACUACUAGCAAUAUUUGUUAUCCAGAGUAUCUACAGUGGCCAGAAGCGAGCCAAGGACAUCAGCGUGGCAGUGGGCGAGGAGCUGUCGCAUCGCCUGUCGAAGGAGCUGCCUGCCUUCCUGAAAAGCUACAAGGAUGCUUUUGAAGACUUUAAGGAGAAAAGCAAGAAGCACAGAUACUACAGGCCUAUACUGAUUGCAAAUAUUAACAACUGCUGGAAUUUUCGAGACUACGCAGAGAAAAACAUGGCAGAAAAGGACGACAAUAAAGCUAGUACCCUCAGCAUGCUCGGCGACAUUGAAAACAGCGGCUUUGAUGUGCUGCUUCAGCAGCUCUUUGCUCAGCUGAAGCCAAUUUAUAAGAAGUUUACAGAAAAUAAGUGGGACUCCAGCAAUGAAAUUAUGAAUGAGAUCAUUAAAACCACCAGCAAACAUAUUUCAGACUUCCGGACCCUCAAGGACCCUUUCUACCAUGCUAUUGUCGAGAAGAUCCACGCCCAUUUGGUUAAAGAGUACAUCGUGAGGCUGCUGAAGAGGAAAGUCAGCCUGAAAGCCCCAGGACAACAGCAAAACCUGGCCCAACAUAUCUCCAAGAAUGCCGCUGACCUGGAAGCCUUCUGCACCAGCAAUGGGUCUCAAGCCACGUGGCUGAAUUCUGCCCUCCCCAAGCUGGCUGAAAUAAUCCGACUUCAGGAUUUAGGUGCUAUUAAAAUUGAAGUUGCGACGCUUGCCACGACAUACCCAGAUAUCCGCAAAAGGCACCUGGAAGCAUUCCUGUACAUCAAAGCCAAUUUGUCACGCAGUGAACUCAAAAGCAUCCUGGGCUACUUGGCAGACAGCGCGGCAUCCACGCUGCCAGGGGCCCCGCUCUUCUCCAACAUAAAUGUGUCCUAGACCAAGGCACCCCUUGGCACACCGUUGGGCUGGACUGUCAGCUAAGCUGAGGAUGGAGACCAUCCCCCGGCGCGAUGCACAGUGCACACUGCCACCUUUCCCUACGGAAAGGACUUUGUCCUAGUCUGGUGCUCAGCAUCUCGAUGGGAAUCACCGCCCUCCAUGCAGAGGAAGGCGUGCCCACGGGAGAAGCAAUGCCUGCAAGGAUCAGGGCUGCUCCUCACACCAGUCAUGGACACUCCCCAAGGUCUCCUGGGUGCCACCACGUUCUCUGCCCGGACACUGCCCUGGUUCUCUGACCUCCGUCUACCUCACAGGGUGCCGCGAAGGCCACAUCUCUGACUCCCCAACUGGUCCAGACCGAGCAGGCACCUCCUAUGUGGCUUUUCGUCUUCUAAUGAAACGGAGGGAAACAAAAAACUGAAGCCAAAAUUCAGAGAUGUUGGAGAAGUCCCAUGUGAGCAUGCUUGCACCCUAUCUGCCUUCCUCCGAGCCGGGCAGGGGCGGCUGCGUUAGGCUGAUGGGAGCGGUACCAGGUUUUGGGUGGUGAGGAGCUGUUCCUCAGCCGCGGCAGGACUCCUGCCAGCAGCACCCCCAGACCCGGGGCUUGGAGGGGCCCCGGCUGCACCCUCUGCCCCAUGCAGCCGCAUUGCCCGGGGGCAUCGGCACUGCCCAACCAGCCCUGGAGAAGCCCUGGCUGGCCAAGCAGCAGCAGACCAGCCAGGGAAGCGUGUGAUCCCCUCACCUCCAUGAGCGGGGAGGGCCCGACCCCCCCGGCAGCUGCCAGCCCCUCCGAAGUGACCCCAUCCAACGCAUUGGCACGGCAGUGGCACCCUGCUAACAGAAGGUCAGGAGCAAGAUGCCUGUUGCAACGGAUCAUGUGGGCAAAGCCCCAGCAUCUAGUAAAGCACCUCAGGUAUCACUUAAGCCCUCCUUAUCAAGGAGAGGACUUUUCCAGACCCCAUUAACAUCAACAGGCUUUGAAUGGGUGGUGGAACUGGUCUCAAGUGCCAUUAAACCGUAUUGUAUGCGUGUCCUGCAUGCGUCACCAUUUCCUUGCCUGCUCUUUCCCCUCUUGCUGUAAGGUAGAUAUGUGGAAACACGAAUGGCUCUGUUGUGAAACUAGGUUUGGUUUUUACAGCUCAGUUUUUUGGGAAGCGAAUCAAACCAGCAAGUUUUGGGGAAGCUUGCCAAAACAACAAUGUGUUUAGUUGAAGACCUUUCCCUUUUUUUUUUUUUUCUAUUUCAACUUUUGUAUCAGUCUGUAGAAAGUCAGUCCGGAAGGAAGACGCAUAAUGACUGUGCAAACCAUGUAAUGUAUUUAUACGCAUAUGCAGUAUACCAUUGGUGUAUUUUUGCAUCUAAUUUUAUUUUUUCUCAGUUAGAGUUAUUAAUUUGCAAUGUUUAUAUUUAAACAGUAUUCAAAUAUGCUAGAAAAGUGACUCAUUUAUUCUGUCUCUGGCUGUUGUUUACUGUGUUGCCACAUGUAGGCCUGUGUACUCCUUCAAAGGGCCAGUUCUUCCACUACUGCCAGCCUGCUCUGGUGACUGUCACCCACUGGUUCCAGGUAGGGAGGGUCUUACUGGGCUACAGACAAGCUAGAAAAGCAGAGGCACCCUCUGUUUGUGCUGUGUAUAUGUCUCAUAACGUGGCUUUCCUUGCUCUCUGGAGCAAGGACUGCCGUGUGCACUGUGUUUAUGUUAUCUGGUAUAACAAGGUCCAAACCGACAGCCUCUGAGCACUACCGCCGUCUCAAUGUUGAAUAAUAAAAAGAUAUAUAUUCAA